AUGCAUCACCAAAGGGAGGGGAGCGCGUUGUUGCACGCAGAAUAUUGCAGCACGGAGGAAAAGGAAAAUGGACAUUGUCAAGAUGGUACGUCGAGACGACGACGCCAUUGGAUGCUGGGUGCCUCCGUCGCCCUCAACGUCCUCCUGCUCUCGGUCCUUGGCUUGGGUCUCUGGACCGUGUCCCGCACAAAAUGCCCGGCGGCGGCGGAUGCACGACACGACCAAAAGGCGCUCAACGGCGACCUCAAGAAAACGUCAUCCUACUCGCCCCUGCUGGAUCUCGUCAACCUCGAACCGCACGCCGUCCGGUUCAACGGGCGACUUCACGACAACACGUCCAUCUAUCGGCUCGACCCCUCUCCCGAGGUCGACAAGGCGUGGGAUGACAUCUCGGCCGAGGGAUUCGAAGUCAUCACCGUCGACGAGGCCGCCGUUUUGCAAUCAGGCAAGUCGCCUCGGCUCAGCGUCAAGGCACCGGAGAGCUGGGGCCUCGGCGACGGCGCGUACCUCGCCCAGGUCGACGUCUUUCACCAGAUUCACUGCCUGAACGAGCUCCGCAAGGAGAUUCACUUCGACUACUACUACGGCGGCGACGGCAGGCUGAACGGCACGUCGCGGCCGGCGGAUCACCUGCAUCACAAGAAGCACUGCAUCCACAUGCUGCUGCAGAACCUCAUGUGCCACGCCGACGUCGACAUCAUCACCCACAACUGGGUGCACUACGAGCACAUCAACCAGCCGAACCGACCGUACGCGGAGCCGUUUGCCGACUUUAACCUGGUGAAGCAGUGCCGGAAUUUCGACGCACUGCUCGAAUGGACGCGGAAGAAUGCGCUGGACAAGCUCGCGGAACGUUGGCAUGGGUUGGAAAAGCCAGAGGGCACCGAAAUCGUCCAGGGCGAUGGUUACUUCUGGCAGGGUGUGAAGCCAUGA